AUGGCUUCGGACUCUGACCUCCGAACCCAGGAAAUCGAGAACCCAAUUGACAUUGCAGAGUACCUCUUCAGCAGAGUAUACCAAGUCGGCGUCCGCUCCGUACACGGCGUGCCUGGUGACUUUAACCUCACUGCCCUCGACUACCUGCCCAAGGCUGGCUUGCGCUGGGUCGGCAAUUGCAAUGAGCUCAAUGCUGGCUAUGCGGCAGACGGCUACGCCCGCGUCAAUGGCAUUGCUUGCAUCAUAACCACCUUUGGAGUCGGUGAGCUCUCCGCCACCAACGCCAUCGCCGGCGCCUACUCGGAAUUCGUGCCCAUUAUUCACAUCGUCGGCACUCCCUCCACCAAGUCGCAGAAGGAUGGCUUGCUUCUGCACCACACCCUCGGCUCCGGCGACUUUGCCGUCUUCUCCAAGAUGGCCUCGCACAUCUCCUGUGCAGAAGCCAUCCUCGACAGACAGCACGAAGCUCCCCUCUUGAUUGAUAACGCCAUUCGCGAAUGUUUCCUCAACUCGCGCCCCGUCUACAUCACCCUGCCUUCCGACAUGGUCAAGAAGAAGGUCAGCGCCAACCGCCUCAAGACACCCCUCGACCUGAGCUACCCGCCCAACAAUCCAGAGGCAGAGGACUACGUCGUCGACGUCGUCCUCAAGUACCUGCAUGCCGCCAAGAAUCCCUGCAUCCUCGUCGACGCCUGCGCCAGCCGCCACCGCGCCCUCAAGGAGACGCAUGAGCUCAUCCAAAAGUCCGGCCUCCCAACCUUCGUGGCUCCCAUGGGCAAGGGUGCUGUCGACGAGACCUUGCCCAACUACGGAGGCGUCUAUGCGGGAGACGGCAGCAACCCCGGCGUCCGCGAGCGCGUCGAAUCGUCCGACCUCGUCCUCAGCAUCGGUCCCAUCAAGUCCGACUUCAACACGGCCGGCUUCACCUACCGCAUCUCCAAGCUCAACUCCAUCGACUUCCACUCGUACGGCGUCACCGUCCGGUACUCGGAAUACCCCGGCGUGCGCAUGAACGGCGUCCUGAAGAAGGUCGCCGACAAGCUGGGGAAGCUGAGCAUCGUCCCCAGUCCCGCCGCCCCGGACAACAAGAUCCCAGACGAUGAAACCACCUCGUCGCCCGACUCUGCCAUUACCCAAGCCUGGUUCUGGCCGCGUCUGGGCCAGUGGCUGCAGAAGGGCGACGUCGUCAUCACCGAGACGGGCACGGCCAACUUUGGCAUCUGGGAGACGCGCUUCCCCGCCGACGUCACCGCCAUCUCCCAGGUCCUCUGGGGCAGCAUCGGCUAUGCGACAGGCGCAUGCCAGGGCGCCGCGCUCGCCGCAAAGGAGCUCGACAUCAAGCGCACGAUCCUCUUCACGGGCGACGGCUCCUUCCAGCUCACCUGCCAAGAGGUGUCGACCAUGAUCCGGCACCAGCUGAACCCCAUCCUCUUCGUCCUCUGCAACGGCGGCUACACCAUCGAGCGCCUCAUCCACGGCUGGCAGGCAGAGUACAACGACAUCCAGGAAUGGCGCUACAAGGACCUGCCCGCCGCCUUUGGCGCCCAGCCCGGCUCCGUCCUGACGUACCGCGUCAGCACCAAGAAGGAGCUCGAGGACCUGUUCCGCGACGACGAGUUUGCCAGCGGGGACACCAAGAAGAUGCGGUUUGUGGAGCUGGUCAUGCCGUGGGAUGAUGCGCCCAAGGCGCUCAAGUCGACGGCUAAGGCGGCUGAGAAGAGGAAUGCUGCGUAGGGGGUAGGGGGGUUUGCGUUAUGAUGAUGUGAAGAUUAUGGCUUAUGACUCUCCUGUUCUUUUUCUUUUGUCUCUGGCUUGAAGCCAUGGGUUGGUUUCGGAAGUAUCUAGACGGGUGCGAGUGUACUACUACUGUGGUUCAGUAAUAGAUCCAUUAGCCAUGAUAUCCUGUUGUUCGAUAUUUGUCUAGCGGUGCCUGGACGCUUAGAACCAGUUGUGUAGCCAUCACUCAGCCAUAAGGUUUGGUCGCCAUGCAU